AUGCUUCGUUGUGGUUGUGAAUUCAAUCUAGAUUUCAAAUGCGCUACACUACCGCCUACCGUAAGAUGCAAACCAUACUCAAAUUCAAAUGAAGAAACGUUCGUUCUUUGUUUUGAAUUUGAAGAUGAUUAUCAUGAUGAAUAUAAUUGUGAUAUUUGUGGAAAAGAACGACUUCGAAAUCAUUGGUUCUACUAUUCUCCAUAUGGCGGUGAUUUAGCUGCUCAUCUUGCUUGCAUUCUUGGGAAAUAUUCAAAUAUCAAGUUUGGGAGGACUUACACGUUUGACAUGCACGAACAUGCCCUCACUUUUGUUGACAAGAGCGAGGAGCCCCAUCCUCCAUGUGAUAAAUGUGGUGAUUCUUGUCAUGCUGAAAUUCAUCAUGAACACCCAUUGACCCUCAUGCGGAGAUCUGUUUCUUUCACUUGCGACGCCUGUGGGAAAGAAGCCAAAGGCAUAUCCGGGGUUGAUGGCGGAUCUAUUGAUCCAUUACCAUAUGUUGUCGAGAAAUCCAAACUGGGAGAGGACAAUAUUGAAAUAGCCGUGGAAAUCAAACACAUUAGUCACGAGCAUGACUUGAAGCUUAUUGAUGAGCAGCUUGAGAACGAUGAAAAAUGUGACGGAUGCCGUUCUAAUGGAUUCGUCUACCAUUGUGACAAAUGCAACUUCGACCUUGAUGUCCAAUGCAGUUUGAGAUCUGACAUCAUGAACCAUAAAGGUCAUGACCCACACCAACUUAUUCUCUCCAGCACAUCAAAUGAUGAGAAGUGCAGUUCUUGUGAUAAUGACGGAAUAAUCUUUUGUUGCGCUUCCAGUGAUGAUUGUAAAUUUACUCUGGAUUUAAGAUGCGUUACACUACUGGCUAUCAUAAGAUACAGAUCAUAUGAACAAUUGUUCACACUUUGUUAUAAAAGUGAAGAUGAUUCUGAUGACGAGUAUUAUUGUGAUAUUUGUGAACAACCACGAAAUCCAAAGCAUUGGUUCUACUAUUGUGCAGAUCUCGAUUUUCCUGCGCACCCCAAAUGCAUUCUUGGAGAAUAUCCAAAUAUCAAGUUUGGGAAGACUUAUAAGUUUGACACGCACGAACAUCCCCUCGCUUUUGUUGACAAGAGCAAGGGCGCCCAUCCUCGAUGUAAUAAAUGUGGUGAUUUUUGCUAUGGUUUGAGUUUUGAAUGUGUCAAAUGUAAUUUCAGUCUUCACGCUGAUUCUUGGUGCUUAAGAAGAUGAUUGGUGUUUCAGUCUACGCAGCCGGUGUGAAUUGUAAUUUCUGGUUGAUGUCCAAAAAAACUACAUGGAAAAUUGUUCGAUUAAUAAUCAGAAAUAUCUUUUCAGUGUUGUCA